GACGAACGUCCUGGGUCAUAAUAACGUCGCCCAGUCAGCCUAUAUAAGCAGCAGAAAGUUUCCAAAGAACAAACAAAACAUCAAGUCGACCUGAACAGACGAGAAAAGCGCAAUUUUCUCCUGCGUAAAAAGUGCUAAGACGGUUCCAGACAUGGAGAGAUCAGUCAGAUUUGCUGUCGUGUGCGUCGGAGUGUCUCUGCUCAUCUCCUGCUCACCAGCGGAAGCCUGGUACAAGCAAUCCACCGGGCCCAGUUACUACUCGGUGGGCCGAGCCUCCGGUUUACUCUCCGGUAUCAGGAGGUCCCCAUACGUUCGGAGGGCUGAGUCCGAGGAGACACUGAUGGACAGUGGAGAGACAGCAGGUAACAGCGUGCUUCCAGAGACCAACAGGGAGAUCUCAAUUCUUAAGAGCAUGGCUAUCUGCGUAAAGGACAUCUCUCCAAACCUGAAAAGCUGCGAGCUGCUGCGGGACGGGACAGGAACCUUCCAGUGUAAGGCGGACGUGUUCCUCACUCUGGACUCCCUGGACUGCCUGUCCGCGUGAGCCCCGGUCCUCCACCGAGCCCCGGGAGCGCUUUUCUGGAAACGACCCAUUUCGAGAAAGAGAGGAGGGGUGGUUGAGUGUGUGGAGGGGGGGUUGGAGGGAGGGUGGAUGACGGCGCAGAGGAAACCCCUCCAUCGACGAUGAUGAACCGCUGCAGACUCUGAAUGUUAUCUGAUUUUAUGAAAAGACCACAAACAUUGUUCAUUUUGUUUUGGUUUUUAAACAGUACUGUAAAAGAAAAAAGAAAAAUAAGUAUUGAGAUCUUCUUCUUUCUGGUUACCUCCCAUCUUUGCUGUAAAUCCCUGAAAUGUUCCCGCAGUGGCCAACCUGUAUUAAAUGUCCUGAAAUUUGACUGCAGAGCAGAUUUCCUGGAAAGUACUUUUAUUUAUUUUAUCUAUUAAAACGAACAAACACUGGUAA